AGUGGAUUAAAGCUGCAAUGAUCACCGCCCAAAAGGAAAAGCAACUAGUGGAUUAUAUGAGGAUGCGCAAGGCAGAAGAAGAAAUGCUCUCAAUCCAGAAUAUAGAACUUGACAGAGAGAGGCCCGGGUUGACACCAAGAGAGGACAGCGGCUUGGACAAAAGUCAAAUAACAGAACCUCAACAAGGACAGAUCCAACACAUAAAAGAGAAACUAAGUGAAAACAUCAAAUUGAAAAUGGUCCAGCUACAACAAGGGAUUGCAGGUGUAGAAAACCUCUCUGUUGGUUUGGGACAGAAACUUCUUUGUCUUAUUGAACAGAAGGAAAAUGUGGCUGGUUAUAAAGAGGUAUUUGAAAGAGAAAAGGGAAUUCUGAGGAGAGUCCUUUGUGACACACUAAAACAAAGAGAAGAUGUGGAAAACAGUUGGAAUGAAACAAUGAAGUGGGAAAAAGAAAAAGUUACUUCUCUUGAAGCAACCCUGAAAAAAGAAAAGCAAGAAGUCGAAUUAGAGAAACAAAAGAUGUUGAAUGAUGAAAUGGUGUUAGAGCUGAUUAGGAAUGACAUCCAGACACAAAGUGAAAUAUUACAACAACACAAACAAGACAUUCAACAACAUAAGCAAGAGUUGGAAAGCACAAUGGUGGAACUGCACAAGAAAACAGAAGAAACCAAGAAUCUCUUUGAUGGAAUCAACAAAGAGAAAUCUAAACUCAAAGAUGUCAACCUUAAUCUGAAAACACAAGAUGAUAAACUGAAGGUUCUCAUUGACGCAAUCAGUUCAAAACCACAAGAACCAGAAGGAAAAGGCCCAGAAAUUCACACAAAAACACCAAAUUUAGAACUGUGUAGGAAAACAUUACAGAUGAAAAAACAAGAGCUGAUGGUUUUGAUGAAAAAUGUGAAUAGCUUGAAAGAAAGUCUCAAAGAUUCCAUGAGCAGUGUCCAUAAAGGUAUAGAACAAAUGAUUUCCAUGAAGAAAAAUAUUGGAAAAGACAGAGAGAAACUAUCAAGUGAAAAGAAUCGCCUCCAAAGAGAAUUGUCAGAGUGCAAAAUGAGACAAGAUAAACUCUUGGAUGUAAUGAAGUCAAAAGCAAACCUAAGACUAACACUUCAAGGAGUAAAAGACAAAGUGUGUGACUUGACCAACAUUAAAAUGAGGAGAUUACACAAAUGUCACAAAGAUGCACAGUUAUUAUGUAUUUCAAUGGAGAAAAUGUUUCAACUAUUGGUGACCAGAUGAAAACUUUAACUCCAUACAAAGAGGUAGCUGAAAGAGAAAAGAUCAAUCUAACAUCCAUCACUAUUUCCAUG